CUCCUCUGUCAUCGUUCCCUCCCCUUCUCGCCCCUAAUGAGUCUCUUCUCCCUUCGCAAGCUUGUUACGGGUACCGGCUGGCGACCGGAUACCGAGUACAGCGGAUUGAGCUGGUCAGAAGAGCUGGCCAUCAACGACCACGGGCGCCAUCGCGGCGUGCCCGUCUUUGGCAGCCCCAAUGGGAUGGAUACGACCGCACUGGGUCCCGAGGUGUGGAAGUUGGUAGCCGCUACCCCGGAUGUUGGAGCUGGAUCGCCAGCGAGAGCAGGAGUGGAUGCUACUUGGGGGCCCUUGGCUUCUGCGUCUUCGAGUACAAGCGGCACAGGCGGGUCAGCAGAUCCCACCGCGUACGACUUUUCCAGCGGUCUCUUCUCCUGCCGGUCUCUCUCCGCCUGCGAACCCUGCCCGCCGCAAACGAGGAAUCAUCCCUUCUGCAGACCCUAUGGGAAUCGUCGACUUGUAUCCUGCAAGGCGAAUUCUAGCCGGCGUGACUCCCUGGAGUCUCAAAAGCAGAAUGUCACGAGCCGAGCUGGCGUGGGGGAGGAACAGGGCAUCAGCGCUGUAGCAGCAGCGAUGGAAAGGGCUGUAAAGCCUCCCCCGCCGGCAGAUCUAGAGUUUCAGGGGUGGGAGGCAUGCGGCAAAGUCAUAUCCUCAGAGACGCGUGACUACUUUGAAUUCGUGCUCAUCCUCAUCCUCCUAGGACUUGGCUCUCUAGUGAUGCUCGUUCGGCGCAAUCGAGAACUUCUCAAGCUGCAGCAGUCUGGUCAGACGGGGACAGGCAGAAGUACAUCGGGGGCGGCCCGGCGCAGGAGGGCAAGACUGGGGUGAACGAGGCAGUCAGGUCGUGAACAAGAGUGAGAGGUUUGGGGCUGACAGAGCAGUGGACUGCCCUGCACCAGCUGCUGUGUCACUCGCAAUCGCAAUAUACCCAACAACUAUCCUUACCGCUCAUAGC